GUGGAGCCGCGCCGCCGCCUCGCCCCGCUCCUCCCGCGGCGUGCGCGGCUUCAGCGCUACGCGAGCGCGGGGAUCCGCCGCGGCCUGCGGGCCGCCAUGGCCGGGGAGGUGAAAACCAAGCUGUCCAAGAACCUGCUGCGCAUGAAGUUCAUGCAAAGGGGUUUGGAUUCACAAACUAAAAAACAACUAGAAGAAGAAGAGAAGAAGAUAAUUAGUGAAGAACACUGGUAUCUUGAUGUACCAGAUCUAAAGGAAAAAGAGAGCUGUAUAAUAGAAGAGAGAAGCUUUCUGCGAUGUGAGGAUUUCGUUUAUGGCCGAAUGUCCUUCAAAGGAUUCAAUCCAGAAGUUGAGAAGUUAAUGAUCCAAAUGAACUCUAAGUGCAAGGAAGAAGAAAUUGAAGAGGAUGAUAAAAUGGAGGCUGAUGUGUCAGAUGAAGAAAUGGCCAGAAGAUAUGAAACAUUAGUGGGAACAAUAGGGAAGAAAUUUUUGAGAAAAAGGGACCAACGUGUACUCAAGAAUGAUGAUGAAGAUGAAGAUGAUGAAAUUGAAGAGGGGAAUAGUAACACAAGACCUAGUAAAAGAGCUAAGAAAAUGUUCUUAAAACCUCAGGAUUAAUGUCAACUUCACAAGUGGAACUUGUUACCUAAUGCCUACCAGAGUACCAAGAACUGGAGAUUGUUUGGAGUUUUUGCUAUUUAAUGUAAAGGGUGGAUUUGUAAAUCUGUUCUGUUCUCACUGAUAUUUCUACCAUCCACAGGACAGACACUUUCCAAAGUGGGUGUUUAUAUAAUGGAUGUUGUACAUCCUUUCCUCUCUCAGCAGCUUUUCAUGAGUGGGGCACUCGUCCUGUCAGUCUCUAAAUGUUCUGCAUAGUUAAAUUAAGUGUUGCAUGCAAUCAAAAGCAACAUUAUUUACAAUUUAGGAUAACAUCUGAAAGAAGAAUUUGGAGUAAAGAUGAGCUGUGUCCAAUUCAGUAAGGCAGUUCAGCUUUCACUGCUUGCUUUAUUACAAAAAUGAAACCUGUGCUCUCUUCAAAUUGAAAAAAGUCAGCAGAAACAUGCUUGGUUUGUGAGCUUCUUUACUGUGCUAAAAAUAAGAUGGUAAGAACAGAGAUAAAAUCCACUUUAUUGAAUUUUAUUUUUUAUAAAAUUUAUUUUAAAAUAGA